UUAUUCAGAAAAAGGAAGUAGAAAAAAAACAAUAUAUAUAUAUACCCUCACUAUUUUAUUGGGUUUGUCUUCUCCAACUGCCACUGUAUUCAGCUCAGAAGUAGGUGAAUCAUCAUCUCUCUGUUUCCAUAUGUUCCAAAGUGCUUCUGUGAGGUAUAUAGUAUGUCCUCUUGUGUGAUGCCAAUUCCUAUCCAAUGGGUUGGUUCAUAAAAGAGCAGCUUACGCUGGACUCAGAGGGAAAAAGAAAUCUACGGAACAUUGUUUGAUUGCUCCUAUAACUCCUUUUCAUUCUGUUAUCCUGAAAACCCGUGGCAGAUUGUCAUCAAACUUCUUUUACGGAAGUUCAAGCAAGACAUUGUGUGUUUAUCAUCAAAACUCCACUCUAUUCUUUAAUGGGUGCACAGCACUAUCCUCCUCCUUGGUUCAGUGUUGCUCCCAUCAUGAAAUGGACUGAUAACCAUUACAGAACUUUGGCCCGUCUCAUCUCAAAGAAGACGUGGCUCUACACAGAAAUGCUUGCUGCUGAAACAAUUUUUUUACUAGUUUGGCAAUUUGUUGCGGAUGUCCUAGCCCCUGAGUAGCUUGACAUUGGUGUUCUGGUGUGCACCUCAUGCUUGAUCCAAAGUGUGUUGCUGAGCCAAUGUGCGUAAUUGCUGCAAACAUAAAUGUUCCGUCUAAAGAACUGCUUCUGUCCAGAGGGGCUUACAAAGGGUAAAAAUGAGUUCUUGCCAGAUGUCACAAGAUUUGAGGAGUUCCUCGAGGACUCAUGGGGUCUUAAGGCCAAACAGCCUGCUACAUGUCAGGUUAAGGUGCCCAAGCUUCUCAUUUCGUCGCCCUCACAGGUGCUUGUGGGUGAUGGGUGUGGCAGCAGUGGCGGGGAUGGUGAGGAGGCAACUUCUAUUGCUUCAGCUCAGAAUGCGCGUGUUGCUUUGCAGAAGAAAGCUGCUGCCUCAUCUAAUGUGGCUGAGGAUUUCGCUAGAGGAUUUCAGUCUGGAGAUGUGGAGGGCUCCAUGAAAGAUGUUGGUGGAGAGGAGCAAGGUCUAUCAAAUAUCAAAGUGAUGUGUUGGCUAUGCUUUUCCUGUGAAAAUGAAGGAGGUGAAAGAGCAAGGAAGAUGAUGUCAUGCAAUUGUUGUGGGAAGAAGUGUCACCUAAGAUGCCUGAAAACUUGGGGUCAACAUAGAGAUCUCUUGCAUUGGAGUUCAUGGACAUGUCCCUCUUGCCGGCUCUGUGAGGGCUGUCAAACAACUGGAGAUUCAAGGAAGUUCAUGUAUUGCAAAAGGUGUGAUGCAGCUUAUCACUGUCACUGUAUGCAGCCUCCACACAAGAGAGUUAGAGGUGGUCCUUAUUUGUGCCCCAAACACACAAAGUGUCACAGCUGUAGUUCUAAUGUUCCAGGAAAAGGACUGACCGUGAGGUGGUUUCUAGGAUACACUUGUUGUGAUGCUUGCGGAAGAUUAUUUAUUAAGGGGAAGUACUGUCAAGUUUGUUUGAAGGUUUAUAGAGAUUCUGAAACAACACCUAUGGUUUGCUGUGACAUUUGCGAGCGCUGGGUGCACUGCGAAUGUGAUGGCAUCAGUGAUGAAAUCUAUUUGCAGUUUCAAGUGGAUAGAAGUUUGUUGUAUUCAUGUCCAGAAUGCCGCGGAUGUAGUGAUCAGUCCACAAAAUCUGAGAAUGUUGUUCAGGAGAUUUGGAGGAGGAGAGAUUUAGCUGAUAGGGAUUUAAUUGCAAAUUUGAGGGCAGGAGCUGGGUUGCCAGUUGAAGAUGAAAUGUUUUCUAUUUCACCCUUUUCGGAUGAUGAAGAUACUGCUCCUGUUGUAAAAAAUGCAAAUAAAAAAUCCUUGAAGUUCUCUCGUAAAGGUUUAGUUGACAAAUCUCUCAAAAAGAGCAAGGAAUAUGUAAAGAAAUCUGGUAAAGAGAAGGGAUUAACUGGACAAUAUGAAGGACAUCCAGAUGCUCCAUCUGGUGGAUAUAGUGCUGGUGAUGUCAAGAAUGAUGAAUUGCAGGCUUAUGGGGAACUAGAUAGCUUUUUUUCUCCUGCUGGUAACUUGACAGAAGGUAUAUGUUCAUUUAAUAUGGCAGGGGUCAUAGAUGACAUUACUGGAAACACGGGUAAGAGGACAGUCCAAAGGAAAGGUAGCAAGCCUCAGCGUUUGGAUGGGGAUGAUGUUGGAAUUCAAACAAGCAUGCCAAAGACCUCCAAGGAGCCAAAAGGUGUUAUACAUUUGGGCGCGUUGGAUAAAAAUAUAGCAGGUUCUCCGAAGUCCGAUGCUUCAAGCUGUCAGAAAGAGCAAGAUUUGACUACUUCACAUGGUAAUGAGGAUCUGGUUCUGCUGAGAGAGAAUGAAAACUCAGAAAGGAAUGAGACUACACUUGGUGAUGGAAAAGGUAAUGAGGAUCUGGUUCAGCUGAGAGAGAAUGAAAACUCAGAAAGGAAUGAGACUACACUUGGUGAUGGAAAAGGUAAUGAGGAUCUGGUUCAGCUGAGAGAGAGUGAAAACUCAGAAAGGAAUGAGACUACACUUGGUGAUGGAAAAGGUAAUGAGGAUCUGGUUCAGCUGAGAGAGAGUGAAAACUCAGAAAGGAAUGAGACUACACUUGGUGAUGGAAAAGGUAAUGAGGAUCUGGUUCAGCUGAGAGAGAAUGAAAACUCAGAAAGGAAUGAAACUACACUUGGUGAUGGAAAAGAAAGUAACUUAAUAAAGAUCAAGAAAGUUAGCUCAGAAGCUACUCAUUUCCCUGCCAAAGUUGGUGGAAAAUUUGCCGGUGGAUCUGGACCUUAUCCUCCACUCAAGACUUCGGGCAUAUUAGGAAAAAGAAGCAAUGAUAGUAGUGUUACUACAAAGGCUGGAUUUGAAGUUCCUGCUACAAGGGACAACAAAUUAGCUUCUGUUAAACACGCCGAAGCUGGGCUCGCUUCUUGUGGUGACCUGUAUGAAGAAAAAAGAGGCUCACCUUCAUUAUCUAAUUCACCGAGAAUGGAUCCAAGACCUCUCCAAAGGCCCAAGUUCAAGAAUCCUUACCAUGAAAGUCAAAAUGCCUUUGCUUCUCCAGGAGAGCCGGAGAAAAGCAUGGAUAAGGGCCAUGAGUCUAAAAGAAAGAGAUCGCCAACUUUUGAAGAAAAAGCAUCGAUCAAGUCUGAUGAUAAUUCAUCACAGCGAUAUGAAGGCAUUAUAACGGAUGACUUCUUGUCUGAUAUAUGGAUACUGAAGAAGUUGGGACAAAAUGCAAAUGGAAAGAGAGUGCAAUUUCAUCAUCUGUUUGAUAAUACCUGGCAGAGAGGGACUGUUGUAGAAGUCUUUGAAGGCUCAUCUGUUGUGUCUGUUGUUCUUGAUGAUGGGAAGAAGAUUAACUUGGAACUUGGACAGCAAGCAAUACGUUUAAUAUCUUCGAAGGAGAUCUAUUGACUGCUUUUGAAAUUGGUUAUUAGAUGCAAUGUAUGUUGCGACUUUUGAUGCCAAGCGCAUGAGCAACUGCUGAUUCCCAGAGUUGUUCCUCUUUGGUUUACUCAAAGGAAGUAACUGAUCAUUGUAGGUCAAAAUUUCAAGGUUACUGCACCCUUCAUUGUGUGUUUGAUGCUUGUUAUCUAACCAUUGGAUACCAGAUUGACAUGUAUGGCGUCAGUUUGAUUCUGUUUUAUCGUCACCUUUUGUUUUCCAGUUUAUAGAUUCUCUUUUCUGGUCAGAGGUAGAAGACAGUUUUUGAGCCUUUUGGUGGCACUUCGGAUUAAUCUUGUUGUGUUUGCAGUUUUAUUGUAAAAUUUCUAGAGAUUACAAAGUUCUGCUCUUGCUGGUAUUAACUCUGAGUAGAUGUUAUACUAUGAUAUCUCUUUUCAACAUGAAUAGACUGAAAUCACCAAUGAUACUACCAUAAAUUCCAUAGAUAUUAUCAGCUUGAGGCA